UGAUUCAGAACGGGUUGCGCCAGUUCCAACCUAGGUUCAAAAACGAAUUCGACAAAAAUCAAUCACCAGUUUCAUUCAACACAAACGACAAACGGUCGCUGCAGUAGUUCGGUUGUUAAGGAUUUUUGUUUGAAAAUAUUCUGAUUAUUGUGCGAUCGUCUAUUCUUUAAAGUUAUCAUUUAACACUGAAUUCUUUGUUAGAAUCAUUUAAUGUGUUGACCAAAGUGUAACAUCGUUUCAUUCCCAAAAUGUACGAGAUUUUGUCCUGUGCCAAGAACACCCAGUUGCAUUCGUUCCCUUCGCUGGAAGUCCUCGGCCAAGGUGCCCAUGCCAACGAUGGCAAGGACAGCAACGAAAGUGUUUGCCAGUUCUUUCCCCGCACUAAGCUGUUCCUCCGAACCAACCGGAACUGGGGCGUGGAAUUAUUGCGGAUAAAGGAAAUCGCCGGAAAGCCAACAAUGGCCCACGUCCAGAAGCGCACAAUUGACAAUCUGUAUUGUGUGGCCUGUCCGAAAACGGCCGUCGAGGAAGUGGCCGUGGGCAUGACGUCCGGCUCGAUCCGGCUGAUGAACCUCAAAAAUACGACGGCCGGUUUGAAACGGUUGGACACGGACCGCCUCACCAAUGGGGUGAUUUUCAUGGAUUUCAGCGCCAACGAUGACUUUCUGGCGGCCGUUUAUGAAAACGGAACCGUGAACCUGUACGGGACUAAAACGAACAGCCGCGUCGGAUCAAUGACGUUCGACAAGCACACAACCAAAGUUCGUUUCCAUCCUCUGAAGCGGUUCUUACUGUCGGUCGCCUCGUACAAAGGAUCGGUCAUGCUCUACGACACCCAGUCCAAGAAAAUCGUUUUCAAUCAAACAGAAGCCCAUUCGGAACCGUGUCGAGAUAUUGCCAUGACCGCCAGCAAUUCAGACCUUCUGUUCACAGUGGGAUACGACAACCUGAUCAACAUAUACGACACACGCAAGAAGCAAUCGGCCACGAAAAUCCGUUCCAAUUACCCGUUCGAAUCGCUGGACGUUUCGGAAUGCGGCGGAUAUUUCGCCGUGGGGAACCUCAAGGGACAAAUUUAUUGUUACGACAUGCGUAGUUUGGGGGAGCCUUUGAAAACAGCUAAAGUUCAUGAUAGCAGAGUCAACAGCAUAUCAUUUGUUCCAAAAACUGCGGAAAAAGGUGGACAUCGAGUGAGCUUCGAUCCCAGACAAGUUCCGAAUACCGCAGAGAUAACAGUCGCAACUCACUCGGCAUCGACGACCGCAGUGGUCAACGAAUCGCCCGUUCCUCCGAAGCCCGAUCGCGAUAGUUUCAUGAACGACAUCGACGCCUUUAUGCAGAGACGAGACUCGAUGGAUUGUCUGGCUAGGCUCAGCACUUCAUCGCGGAUGAGCACCGAGUCUCGGGGAAGUCUCAACAUGGCCGGUAACAAUCUGAUGGGCUAUUUGGACGAUAUCUCCGAUAGCAAUUUCGACCCGGACCAGCUGGAGGAAGGGCCCGCCGAAGAAAGCUUUGUGAAUGUUAAUCGACUCAUCAAGAGAACUAGCAUUAAAAAGCAGACGUCUGUUGAUCGGACGCAAAAAUCUGCGAUCAAUUUGGAGAACAUCCGAGAGGAACCGGAUAUGGACGGCACUCGGGCGUUGACGGAAAUCUCAACCGAUUCCAAUGUCGAGUCCCAGCAAAGGCCGGGAAGUGGUGGAAGUACAAAGAGAUCCUCCGUUCGGCGCUCUGCAGAUGCAGAAAAUAAAGAAAAUCAAGCCACCGCGGUAGACGACCCCACUCCAAACCCGGAUCCGGCCCACAAAACAUCCCAGACAACAAAAGCAGAGUCGGAAAUGUCGCCGACCGUCCAGGCCGCUUUCCGGGAGCUUAAGCUAGAAAUAUCCAACAUGCGUCAGGAGUUGCGAGAGGAGAUGAAGGAGCACUUCUUUCAGAAUCAGGUCGAUCGGAAAUAUACGGCCAUGGCCACGCGCAGUCAAAUUUGGAUGGGAUCGUUCAAUCUGUGGAAGGAGUCACAGAAGCAGCUGGAACGGAUCGAUGAGGUUACACAGACCGGAUUUGGGCUGCUGUUGACCAACGAUGAGUUUACCCAGCAGUUUAUGCGCCUCCAGCGAGAGAAUGAAGAACUGAAAAGGCGAAUAGCCGAAAUGGAGCAGGGUGGAGGGAAAAAGUGAAUGAUCCGUGGUUGAUGAGAAUUAAGUUUUACUUUAAAGAUUACAUAAAACAAAAAAAACCCUUUACAUAUCAAAUUGAAAUUUUGAAUACUAGAAAAAAUGAGAAAAUGUAAUAUUUAUGUCUUUUGGAAGCUGAUGAAGCAAUUUCGUGUUGUUUAAUGCUUACGCCGAAUAAAAAAA